GUGAAGUGAGCCAGACGUGGUGUAGAGCUGCUGCUCUUGCUGUGCUGCCUGUGAAAUACCUAAGUCUGCGUGGUGCUGAGGGGGUCUGGAGCAGGGGUCACCGCUAAUCACAGAGCAGAGCAGAACAGAGAGAGAGAGAGAGCGCACAGUUAGAAGCAGGUGAGAGAGAGAGCAGAUAGAAGCAGGGAAGAGCGAGAGAGAGAGAGCAGAUAGAAGCAGGGAAAAGAGUGGAGCAUGAGAGCUGAUCUGUGAACAUACUGGAGAACAUACAUCUUAAGUUUUUAGUUGGUAGUUGGAGCAUCAAGACAGGAUGGCUGUCCUGCGUCUGUGCAGUCUGCUGCUGCUGCUCAUGGCUCCUGUUCAUGGCCAAUGGUGGAGUGUGCUCUGGGGGAAUGCACAGGAGAUGACCACACAGCCCCCCACCACCGAGGUCCUCACCACCACCAAGGUAUUUUGGACAAUGGAAAGGACAGAGGUGGGCCAGGUGGGGACCCAGACAGAGGUGUACACUACUGCACCUGUUCAGAGUACACCUCUACAGAGCACACAUGAGCCCGCAGGUGCUGGAACAACAGAGAUCAAGCCCAAGGCUAAGAAAAUACCUCUGAAAAUGUGGAAGAGUCGUGAGCUUGGCUCUACAGGCCACCUAGACCUGACUGAGUUGAUCGGAGUGCCGCUCCCUCCCUCUGUCUCGUAUAUCACCGGCUAUGAGGGCUUCCAGCCGGCCUACAACUUCGGUCCCGGCGCCAACAUCGGACGCCUCACCAAGACCUUCAUGCCCGACCCUUUCUUCAGGGACUUUGCCAUCAUCGUCACCAUCAGGCCCAGCAGCAACCAGGGAGGGGUGCUGUUCGCCAUCACUGAUGCCCAGCAGAGGGUGGUGCAGCUGGGGCUGGCGCUGACAGCCGUGGAGGAUCAGACUCAGAGGAUUCAGCUGUACUACACCGAGGGGGGCCAGGAGUCCUCACACAGCCAGCAGGUGGUGUCUUUCAAGGUGCCUGAUAUGACCAAAAAGUGGACAAUAUUCACUCUGUCAGUGCAGGACCAGGAAGUGUGCCUCUAUAUGAACUGUGAUGACUUCCAAGCAGAGACCUUCCACAGGAGCAGCCGCCAGCUCAGCUUUGAGCCCAGCUCAGGCAUCUUUGUGGGCAACGCUGGAGGGACUGGCCUGGAGAGGUUUGUGGGCUCUAUCCAGCAGCUGGUGAUCAAAUCAGACCCCAGGGCUGCAGAGGAGCAGUGUGAGGAAGAUGAUCCCUACGCUUCUGGGGAUGGGAGUGGGGCCGAAACGAUGAAUGACAUGAAACGAAGAAAGGAAACAACAAGGCCAGAGGACAUGCUGAGCGGGCCUGUGCGAGCCCCGCCCACAGAGUCUCCGGAGGUGGAGCUAGAUGAGUACUCAGGACACCUGACCCCCACAGAGGAGGCCCAUCAGGAGAUGCAUCUCAGAGGUGCGGAAGGACCCCACCAGACAGAGGAACCAGAGAUGUCAGGGGAUGGUGGACCUCUUAGCCACAGACUGAAAGGAGAGCGAGGAGAGCCUGGGCCUAUAGGUCCUGCUGGUCCCCGUGGCCCCCCUGGCCCCCCUGGCCCCCCCACUCUCUCUGAGGGUAGAAGGUCUGGGCACCGCCAGCCAGGACCCAGGGGCCCUCUGGGGCCUUCAGGGCCAACAGGGGCCCCUGGGGUGCCAGGGAAGGACGGACAGCAGGGAAUCAAGGGUGAAGAUGGAGAUCCAGGACAGAGAGGACCUCAAGGUUUCCCAGGUUUGGCAGGGGAGGUUGGAGUCAAAGGAGACAAGGGGGACCCAGGAGCAGGACUACCAGGGCCUCCAGGCCCCCCUGGACCUCCCGGACCCCUCAGAUCACACAGUGUGCCAUAUGGAGAGGAUGCACUCGGCUCUGGUUUUGGAGACCUUGACAAUACAGAAUUGAUCAGAGGUCCUCCUGGCCCUCCAGGUCAACCUGGCCCCCCAGGACCCACCAGCCCCUUCAACGCCUCGGAAGGCCUGUUCACUGGACAACCAGGUCCUCCUGGCAGAUAUGGCCUUGUUGGGAAACCUGGACCUCCGGUGAAUGAGGAUUGGUUUAGUGGUUCUGGCUUGGGCUCUGGGUUUGGCUCUGAGUUUGGCUCAGGGUUGUUCGGCUCUGGGCUUGGUUCUGGCGAGGGUCAACCUGGUCUGGAUGGGGAUGUUGGGCCGACGGGGCCUAAAGGUCUGAAGGGUGAACAAGGACGAGUUGGACCGAAGGGUGAUCCAGGUGACCAAGGGUUGGCAGGAGCUACAGGGCUGAGGGGACCAGAGGGGAAGAGGGGUGACACUGGCCCUCGGGGGCUGCCUGGCCCCCCCGGACCCCCAGGAGCAGGAUUGUUUGUCGAGGAUAUGGAGGGGUCUGGGAAGAAUGACAUGCUCCUUGGCGUAGGACUCAAAGGCCCUCAGGGACCUCCUGGUCUUCCUGGCUCUGCAGGACCAAAGGGUGAAGAUGGGAAGGAUGGGGCUCCUGGGUUGUCAGUGAAGGGUGAGCCUGGUGCUCCUGGCCCUGAGGGACUCCAAGGGCUAGCUGGACUUCCUGGCGCCAGGGGAUUGAAAGGAGACAAAGGCGAUCCAGGACCAAAGGGAGAGUGUGGUCCUGAUGGACACAGUGUACCUGGUUCUCCUGGUCCUCCCGGCUCUCCAGGUCCCAUCAUCAAUCUGCAGGAUCUCCUCCUGAACGACACAGAGGGCAUGUUUAAUCAGAUCCGUGGGCCCCCUGGCCCGAUGGGCCCCGAAGGAGAGCCUGGCAGAGCAGGAUUCCCUGGCCCAAGAGGACCAAAGGGUGACAUUGGGCUUCCUGGUCUUCACGGUCCACCAGGAAUGAAGGGUGCGAAGGGGGAUUCUGGUGUCACGAUCGCUGCCGACGGCACUGUGUUGACAGGUGUCAGGGGCCCUCAGGGACCAAAAGGAAUAAAGGGUGAGCGUGGGUUCCCUGGAGUUGCUGGUAUCAUGGGACCAAUCGGACCAACCGGACAAAAAGGAGAAUACGGGUUCCCUGGUCGACCGGGACGACUUGGAAUGGCAGGGAAGAAGGGAGACAAGGGUGAUGCCAUUGGUCAACCAGGACUUCCUGGUCCUCCUGGCCCUCCCGGUCCCCCAGGACCAGUAAUAGGACUCAAUGGAACAGUUUUUCCGGUCCGUCCCCGACCGUUCUGCAAAACACCAGUGAAUGGCAGCAGGGGAUCAUCACAAGGUAGCAGGAGAGGAAACAGAGGUGCUAAAGGAGAAAAUGGAGAGGUUGGACUGCCUGGAACACCUGGAGAACCAGAUGGUGUUCUUCCAGAAGGCUUUGUGGGAGAAAAAGGGGACGUGGGCUAUGAAGGAAUGAAAGGAGAGAAGGGUGACGCUGGGUUGCCUGGCCCACCAGGUCUUCCUGGGAGAUCAGGCCUUGUGGGGCCAAAAGGUGAAUCCAUUGUUGGCGCCCCUGGUCAUCCUGGAGCUACUGGUGAACCAGGAGUUCCUGGCAUUGGACGACCAGGCACUCGGGGGCCCCCUGGCCCUACUGGACCCCCUGGACCACCCCCUGUCUAUGCCUCAGCUGUGAAUAUUCCUGGCCCACCUGGGCCUCCUGGUCCUCCUGGGAUUACUGGCUAUGAAAAUCUGGUGACCACAUACAGGAACACCAUCACUCUGAUGAGGGAGAGCCACCGUGCUGCAGAGGGAUCCAUGGCCUACGUCUCAGACAAGGGAGAUCUCUACGUUAGAGCCAGAGAUGGCUGGCGCAAGGUUCAGCUUGGUGAGCUGAUCCCUGUCCCAGCAGAGACCCCAUCCUCCGCAUUGUCUCAGGCCCUGAGCAGACCACACAGGCAGGAACUAGUUGGAACUAGCUACAUGCCCAACUAUAAUGUCCUACCUCAUACAGUUCACUCAGUACCGGGGCUGCACUUGGUGGCCCUAAACGCUCCGUUCUCUGGGGACAUGCGUGGCAUCCGGGGGGCAGAUUUCCAGUGCUACCAGCAGGCCCGCACCAUGGGCCUCACCGCUACCUACAGAGCCUUCAUGUCCUCACACCUCCAGGACCUGGCAACCAUCGUCAAGAAGGGAGAUCGCUACAGCAUGCCUGUCAUCAACCUCAAGGGAGAGGUGCUCUAUGGCAGCUGGAUGAACAUCUUCUCUGGGAAUGGUGUGUUGGACCCAUCAAUCCCCAUCUACUCCUUUGACGGACGGAACGUCAUGACGGACCCCACUUGGCCUCAGAAGCUGGUGUGGCAUGGCUCCAGCACGGUGGGAAUCCGUAUGACCACUAACUACUGCGAGGCGUGGCGGGCAGGUGACAUGGCAGUGACGGGCCAGGCCUCUCUCCUCCAAACAGGCAGACUGCUGGGCCAACACACCCGCAGCUGCUCCAACCGCUUCGUAGUGCUGUGUAUCGAGAACAGCUACACUGACCACAGAAAGGUCUAAUUAACCUCAACACACACGUCUAGUAUACACACUCUCUCUCAUACACACACACAAAACUAGAUCUCAUUCAUGUUUUCACGAAAAGCAUGUAAAACUAAGCUAUUGACACAUGUUCAAGCAAAUCCAGUACACACAAACAAACACACGCACACCUCUCAUUGACAGCAAACAUCCAUGUGGACCACACAAUAAACUAACUCCCUCCCUCCACACACACACACACACACACACACACACACACACACACACACACACACACACACACACACACACGUCUCCUAUUAACAAAGAGCAGUUAUGUGCUGGACCACAAGAGACACUUUUACACUAUUUCAUACUGACCACAGAUGAAACUCCCCACUUCAUUAACCUCUCAUUAUUAACCUUCCAUCAACACAGCAUCACUGCUUUGCACUUGUCCCUAAUCUAAGUUUUCCUGUCCCUUUAAGAAAAAUGUAAAUAUAAUGUAAAUUGCUUCCUGUCAAAAGCACUGCAUAACUCCAAUUCACUUUGUGUUUAAAUUGACUGAAUAAGGAAUACCAAAGAUCUGGUAAUCAGCAACCAACCGACUAACACACUGUUUCUGCUGAAGUAAUCAUUAACACAUUUCUUUUGUUGGUUUGCUCAAUUUAGUCUUAUUCUUAAGUGCCCAGUAGAGUAGUUUGCAUAGAGGCAACAACAGUUCUAACCUUUUGUGGAUUACUGUAUCAGUCCCCAAAACAAUGUGAUGAUAUGAUGAAAUUAGGAAGACUGGUCUUUUCUGUUUUUCUGUGAUAAAAAUGUAUAAUAAAAUACUUGUUUUCAGACAAGGGACCUUUUUUUCCUCUUUAGGCCUUGAAGUCAUUUCGAUGCACUGUGAGUUGAUUUGAAAAGUUUGGGAUGUUCCCAUAGCCAUGAAGGCUUUUUGUCUGUGAAAAUUGUUAAGGGUUUUUCUGUUGCGAGUGAUAACUUUGUCUUAAUAUUUCAUGUUUCAUUCUAUGUUUCACAUUUUUUAUUUAUACUGUAACAGCACAUCAUCUUAAAUCUAGCAAAACAUAGCUUCACUUUCAAAUUAAAUGAAAUUGAAACACUACACGUGCUAUCUAACCUGAAAGUUAUUUUUAUACGGUAUUCUACUAAUUGACUAACUCUAGAUGUACUUUCAACAAAUUUAUAAUCAAGAGCUAGAUAUUUUAGUGGCUUGGGAAAUUAUAGGAACAGUAACAACUCUAGAGCGCAAAGUAUUUUUAUAUGUUGAUUCAUUUCACAGACGUGAUAGGUUAUAUUUUUACAGUCAGGAAGAUUGUCUUUUUUAAAUUGGAAAGAAAAUGUUUGACUGUCAUUCAGAGAAAUACAAUGUUUGUACUCAUUGACUGUUGCUCAGUGAAUAAAUGUUUGUUUUUUUAA